AUGACGUUCAUCACCCCAACUUCCAUCAUAAAUUAUGUAAAAUCACAACUGUUUCAAUAUUUCAUACCAGAUUGGCUAUUAGCUACAUUUUUAAUAUGUUUCUUUUUCAUUGUUGAGCACUCACCACCUUUCCAAAGACAAUUUUCAAUCACCAACUUAAAAAUUUCACAUCCAUUUAGCAUUGAUGAAACAAUAACGGGCCCGGAAUGUAUAAUAAUAUCUACAUUUAUUCCGUUAGCAAUUAUAACAUUAGUCAUUCUCGUUAAAAACUACAAGAACAAAUAUCAAUCAUCACAUCAAGCAUUACAUAUUUUACAAAUUAGCAUAUUGUCAUUACUUAUAAGUUUAAGUUUAAGUGGGGUCAUUACAGACAUUUUAAAGAAUUGGAUAGCAAGACAUAGACCUGAUUUUUUAAGUAGAUGUGUUCCAAAAAUAGAUACACCAAGAGAUAUACUCGUUGGAAUUGAUGUAUGUACUAAUCCAUAUGGAGAUCGAGUUUUAAUGGAUGGUAUGAGAUCAACUCCAAGUGGUCAUUCUUCAAUUAGUUUCGCAGGAUUAGGUUUUUUGUCAAUUUGGUUAUCUGGUCAAUUCAAAUUAUUUAAAAAAGGAGAUACUCAUUAUUUGUAUAAAUAUAUAUUGGUCAGUUUUCCAAUUGGAUUCGCUAGUUUUAUUGCAUUAAGUAGAACACAAGAUUAUAGACAUCAUUUUGAAGAUAUUAUAAUAGGGACAAUUUUAGGUUGUAUUUUUGCUUUUUGGUCAUAUAAUCAUUAUUUCAAUGAUUUGACAUCUGAAAAAUGUGAAACUGUGAUUGAGAAUGGAGGCGAUGAUAACUUCUUACCUUUGUGA